GGAAUGUUUUCCUUCCUCCCUACCCCACCUUCCUCUCCUCCAGCAGCUGCUCUGUUCCUCCCACCCUCUCCCAGUGACUGCAGUGCCCUUCCCAGCUCCUCUCUCUCCUCCUGUGCAUCCCGUCUGUAUCCUAAUACUGAAAAGGGCCAGAACAAACGUUUUAACACAAUGCAAAACAUGAGGAAGCAGGAAUUCUUUACCUGCACAGGACACAGAUGGAUCUCUUCUUGUAUUGCUCAUAUGGGAGCUGCUGAGAACCUGCAUGGUCCAUCCCUGGAUUCUCCAAGCACUGACUGCCCAUCCACUCUGACCACAGCCAGGGGACACAUCCCACUGCCUGCCCAGCAUCCAUCCAUGGAGCAGCCGCUUUAGGACAUGGAUCCCAAAGGAGCAAGAGGUACCUGGAAGCGCCGCUGAUCUGCACAGACCCCUUUGCCUGCUGCUGCCCCACAGGGAACAGGUCAGUGGAAUGUUUUCCUUCCUCCCUCCCCCACCUUCCUCUCCUCCAGCAGUUGCUCUGUUCCUGCCACCCUCUCCCAGUGACUACAAUGCCCUCCCCAGCUCCCCCCUCCUCUGCCCUGUGCAUCCCGUCUGUAUCCUGACACUGAAUCGCGUGAAAAAAAACUUUCUAACACAAUGGGAACAUUAGGAAGCAGGAAUUUUUUACCUGCACAGCACACACAGAAGAAUUUCUCUUUAAUAUGUGUGUAGUGAGACUUUACAGCAGGGGUUUUAUCCAUUAAAACCACACAUAGACAUUUAAAAGUCUUUCUUAUCUGCUACAUAAGCACCACUAUCCCAGAACUUAUUUCCAUGCAUCCCCGUCCUCUUGGGAAUUCUUUUGAUGCUCCUGGAAGAUCAUUCAGAGGGGUCUCUGGUGGUUGUAUUCACUGAGUGCUGAGAUAUUAAAGGUGACCUUGCCUUGAACUUUUCCUUUGGCCAUGUGCUCUUGCUUCUUGUUAUGGAACUUGCCCCAAAAAUACUGCAGACCUCCUUAUCUGUUUCUGCACUGGCUCCAGCCACAUUUAUCACCCUAUGUCCACAUCUUUACAUCCUUUAAUCUUUUUGGCCGCUUAGGGGCCACUUAUCUUUGAGCAACUCCAGGGGAGUUGAAAAUGUUUAUCCUCUCUUAUCAAUCCCCUGCACACCAGCCCAAACCUCCCACCCCACCAUUUCCAUCGCCCUUCUCCCCUGCACAUCUCAGUCCUCCCCACUGAGUCCUUCCCACUGCAGGGAGCUGCUGAGGAGCCGCAUGGUCCAUCCCUGGAUUCUCCAAGCACUGACUCCUCAUCCUCUCUGACCACAGCCUGGGGCCACAUCCCACUGCCUGCCCAGCAUCCAUCCAUGGAGGUGAGCACCAUGUCUCGUCUUUUCACCUCAUUGCCAAAUGGAACCAGUCAGUGUGAGGUCAAUAUCUCCAACAUGGCCAUAGAUUUUGUGAUGCUGCUUGUCAGUCUCUGUGGGCUGGCUGGGAAUGGAGUUGCCCUCUGGCUCCUGCACGUUAAUGCCAUCACCCACUUCAUCUCCAAACAGGCCAUCAUCGACUUCCUCUUCCUAAUCUUCAUGUUGCCCUCCACCCUGCUCUUCCUUGUGGAGGAAGUGUCCUGCUCUGCUAUAAUGCCCCUGAUGUAUCUGAGCUUGCUUUUCCAGCUGUCACUAUUCACCUACAGUAUAGGUCUGUACCGGCUGAUGUUUAUCAGCAUUCAGAGGUGCAGAUCCAUACUAUGCCUGCUAUUCUGUGGUUGCCAACUGCCCGAGCACUUGUUGUGGGUCUUGAUGACUGGCCUGUUCUGGGUCCUCCUCUUCGUUUUCAUCGCUGUCAAUCCCACAGUGACUUUCCUGUGCCAGUCACACGAGCAGGAGCAAUGCCAGGUGGCUCUCACCUCCAUGUACGCCCUCAACCUCUUCCUAUUUGCUGCACCCAUGGUCAUUUCCAGCACAAUCCUCUUCAUUCAUCUCAAGCCUGGCUCCCAGCAGCAGCAGCAGCACAAGAGUCUUGACAUUGUUAUCUUCCUCGUUGCACUCUUCAGUCUGCCCUUCAGUCUCUGGAAUUUACUGCAGCAGCUUGGCUACACGGUUGUGUCUUCCCAGGCGGUUUUACUUCUUGCCUGCAUCAACAGCAGCAUCAAACCCUUCAUCUGCUUCUUGGUGGGGAGCUGGAAGAGAGAUUGCUCCAUGGGGAGCUGCUGGAGACAGUGCUCCAUGGAGAGCUGCAGGAAGCACUCCUCCAUGCAGUCCCUAAGGAAGGCAAUCCACAGGGUGUUUGAGGAGCCAGAAGAAAACACUGCCAGUGGAAAUGAUCCCUCUGUGGACACGGGGGUCUGAGCCUGCUGAUCCCGUCCACUGCUCUGCUGAGGGAUCCCGGGACAGUGGCUAAGAGAUUCCUUGUGUCUCCUGAUCAAUAAAUCCCCACAGGGUCACCCUCCCUGUGCUGGUGCAUCCCCAGCCCCUUUCCAGCCCGCUCUGGGCUCUGAUCCGUGCUUGGGAGGCCUCAGCCUUGAGGAGCAGCCCCUGGGCUCAGCUCCUCUGGCGCUGAUCAGAAACACCCUCUGCUCCCAGGAGCUGCUGCUGUCCAACCACCUCCUGGGGUUUUAUCCACAGCCUUGGAAAUUACUGUGCUCCCCUGAAUGCCACAGCAUCCCUGCUCUCCCACUGUCACGGGAGCUGCCGGCCCCAAGUGUGGCCAGGGUGAAACAUGGCUGAGAGUGACGCCCAUCCCUUGGGGCCCUGGGAGCAGCGGCCCAAAAGGAGACCCUUGGAGCUCUCCUGGCCCAGCAGCGCUGAGCAGAAGCUCCCUGGCACUGGGGCCUCUCCGGGCUGGGAUCUCUCCGUCUGCUGCCCUCGGCUGAUCCCCGAACGCCGACGGCUCCUGGGCCCAUCCCCCCAGGGCUCGAGGCCCAGCCCUUGGCACAGGGAGGAGAUGCCAAGGGAUCCACAGGGAGCGUUGCACUGCCUGCCAGGGGAAUUUCUCACUGGUACCUUGCACUGACUCUGUCUGUCUGUCUGUCUGUGUGCACACACGUCUGCAUCUGCCAUGGCAAAUGUGGCAGAGAUGCUGCUCUCUCUCCGAGACAUCUGAGUAACACAGGACUGUAGGUAUCAGCCAUAAAUAAGGUUAAAUGCUGCUAAGUGAUAUUCUUCUGCUGAAUUGCAAAGUUUAAGGUAUAACUGAAUUACACUUAAGUUUGAGCACUGAAAAGAUUUUAGGCCAUUUUCCUUUUCAUCCUUACCCCUGCUGUCAUUUUGUCACCUGCGCUUGCACUCACACACAACCACGCACACAGGGACAGCACUUUGGUGUGCUGGUGCUUAAUAUUAAACCUGGUUUAAUCUGAUUUCCUUGCUGGUGGUUUUGUGCCUUCAGGAAUUCUUCCUCUGCCCUGGCUUUGGCCUCUCCCUCAGCAGGCUGGGAUGGUGCAGCUGCAAGGGCAGGGGGAGUCCGUGCUCCUCAGCACAGCCACCCCCUUCCAGGAGCAGGGUGACACCUGUGUUUGUCACCGUUGUCUCCACGGGGCAUCAACCCCCUGCCUGAGGCUUCUCUGAGGUCUCUGAGCUGGGGGUGUUCAGCCUGGAGAAGGGAAGGCUCUCAGGGAGAUCUUAGAGCCCCUUCCAGGGCCUAAAGAGCCUCCAAGAACUGGAGAGGCUUUGGACAAAGGCCUGAAGUGACAGGACAAGGGGAAUGGCUUCCCACUGCCAGAGACCAGGGUUAGGUGGAAUAGUGGGAAAAAAUUCUUCCCUAUGAGGGUGGAGAGGCCGUGGCACAGGUACCCAGAGAUGCUCUGGCCUCCCCAUCCCUGGAGGCGUUCCAGGCCAGGCUGGAUGGGGUUUGAAGCAGCCUGGUCUAGUUGGGGGUGUCCCUGCUUGCAAAGGGGUGAGAUCAGGAAAAAAAAACAAAAGUAUUCCCAAGACUGAGGAGGAGGAGGAGGGUGAGCUCUUAAGCUCUCAUGAAGGGCUGGAAGGGGCACCACAGCACCCCAACAUCUGGUCUCCAUUAGCUUUUAUUGUGUCAUCAAGGGUGCUGUCAGUAAGAAAUGGAGGCUCUGAUGCUGAUAACCUGGCUGCAAGCCUGUCCUGGUUUGGCACUGGCCAAAGGCCAGGCACCCGCAGAAGCCGUUCACUCACCUUCUCCUUCUCUCAGCUGGGCAGAGGAGAGGGAAACAAAAAUUAACAAGGGACUCAUAAGUUGAGAUGAGGACUGGGAGAAAAGACACUCCAACAGUAAAAAAACAGGUUCAAAUUUAAUGGUAUUAAGUAAAUUUAUUAUAAACAGAGACAGAGUCUGAUAAUGAGAAGUAAUAAAAAACUUUAAAAGACCUUUUUUUCCACCAGCCCCUGCCUUCUUCCCAACAACAGCGCAGGGAGACACGGUGAGGGGAUUCUUCACCAGCAUUGCCAGCACUGCCACUUAAACACUGUUUACCUGGAAACAACAUGGGUUAUCCAUUAAACUAAGAUAGAGGGCAUAUUCUGGUAGGAAUUAAAACAAAAAAAAACCACUGAUAUCAUGAUAUAAUCAAUUGGGAGCACUCUGGGGAGUAUCUGUAAAAAAUCUUGGAUAUUAUGGUGUAUAAAAAUGUCUGGAGAUUGUUGUUUCUUUGGACAUGUCUGUAGCAAAUAAAUUUCCAAUAUGUUCACAA